CGUCACUGUUUGUGAGGCUCCGUGAACUGUCAGACGAUUCGCGAAAUCUGAGAAUCGAAAUUAAAUAAGUUUUCUUGAGCAAAAAUGGCCAAUAAAACCGAAAGUAGCCCUAAAGUCAGCACAGAAAAGGUACCCUUAGAGACUGAUGAAGGUAUAAUGGAGAGUGAAGAGCGGAAAUGGGGCAUACCUUUAAAAGACAUGUAUAAACAAGGGCUCGCCUUUUACAAAGAUAAGGAAGGAAAAGCUCUACACCUAAGCUAUGAAGACAGGUUAAAGCUUGUAGCAUACACCCAGCAAACAGCACAUGGCACUUUGGACCUGAAUUCUGCUCCACCUUUAGGAGUCCUGGAUGUGAUAGGGCGAGACCGGCGGGCAGCAUGGCAUGCACUUGGCAACAUCUCUCAAGUACAAGCAAUGGCAGGCUUCUUACACACUCUAGAAAGAUUAUGUCCUUUAUUUAAACCAUAUGUGGAAGCAAUACAAAAGGAUUUUGAGGCUAAGAAACAACAGGAGGAAAAGAAACAAAAAGAGGAAAAAGCAACCACAGAUCUCCAAAACAGAAUAAUAGAAGAGAAACAAAAGCAACAAAGUACCAAAUUAACAGAAGAGCAGCAAGUUCAAAAAAUAAAAGAUGCUCUUAACGCCCAAACCUACGACCAGUUCUUACAAUACGCACAACAACAGUUCCCCGGAAACUUCGACCAGCAAGCCAUCCUCAUCAGGCAGUUGCAAGACCAGCACUACCAGCAAUACAUCCAGCAGCUGGCCGUGGACCAGAGGCUCGCUAACUCGAAUAUAAAGACCUUGGCCAGCUUGGACAAGGAUAAUGGGAAUGAUGAGAAGAAUGUGGACAGUGGUGAUUGGGACAUCUCAGAUUUGGAUAAUAAGAAUACAUCUGUAGCAUCAGAAACUGAACCCUCUCAAAUUCGACCUGAGGACGAGGCAACAGAUCUUUUGGCGCACAAAGAAGAAACGAAAGCUGAUGAAGAAUCAGAUGACGAUGACAUAUUUCCACCCGUAGAAGAAGCGAACAUGUGGACGCGGGGCGAGAUAAGCGUUUUCAAAGAGUCUGCUCGCUCGGGCGGCGGGCGGCUCACGGUCGGGCACGGCGAGACCGUGACCGUGCGCGUGCCCACGCACCAGCGCGCCAAGUGCCUGUGUUGGGAGUUCGCCACCGACAACUAUGAUAUAGGUUUCGGUUUAUACUUCGAGUGGAGUAAAUCGCCUACAAGCGAAGUCACCGUCCACGUCUCAGAGAGCGACGACGAAGAUGACGCCGACGACGAUGGUUACGGCGAUGAAGAAUACACAGUGACGGAAGGAGGCAUAGACCCGGAGAUGGGCCCGGAGCGGCGCGCGCUGCAGCACCAAAGGCCACCAGUCAGCAUCGUCGUGCCCAUAUUCCGCAGAGACUGUCACACUGAGGUAUACGCUGGUUCGCAUACGUACCCCGGCGAAGGAGUUUAUCUACUAAAAUUCGACAACACAUACAGCUUAUGGCGAUCAAAAACUCUUUACUACAAAGUAUACUACACGCAGUAAGAAAUAAAUUAUUUUAAUAGAACCAUGACAAAUUAUAAAAAGGAAAUCGUUUAUAAAAUAUUGUUUAUAUUUAAUCAAGGUAUGAGAGACUUAUACUCUGCCUACUGCCAGUAUUUGUGAUGAUUUCUAGCAAAAGGUAUAAUUUUUUGGUUGGCAAUAAUUCUCGAUGCAUCUAUAUGCAGGUAGCGACUUGUACCUUUUGACUGAGAACGACACAUUUGUUAAUAUAUUUAUGAAGUGCUAUAUGAAUUAAAUGAAUGUUCAGUUUCAUUUCGAGCUUAUUUCAAUGCCAAAAGAGAACGCAAAUGGGAAAACUGAAAUACUUAAUCUUCUAGUCCUGAUGCAAUUUUCAUACAGCCUCAAGGACCGUCAUGCAAACUGGAGAUUGUUUGGAGCAUUCCGAUUCCGAUGAGGCACGUGGCGUUGUAUGAAGGUUCAAACUCUUUAUUAAUUUACUCGUCUCUACUGAAAUUGUAAUUAGCAGUUUAAUGACCUACUCUUAAUUUUAAAAAAACGCUAUUACCGUCGGUAGGAUUGCAGUGCACUAAUAAUGUUUUAGAUGGAGUUACUUUUGGUGAGUUUUAAUCUUUAAUUUUAACCUUAAAUCGGUAACGUAUGCGGUCGGAAUAACUACUACCCCUGGAAAAGGGGUAAUUAAUAUUAAUGAAGUUCAAUUCAAUUUCAAUAAACUUGAAAAACUAUUUUAUUAUGUUAAGCUUUAUAUACAGGGUGGCUAAAAAAAAGUGCAUUCCCGUUGCCAGGGAGGUUUUGGGAUUAUACUGAGCAACUUUUACUAUGGGACCACCCACGAAAUCGCGAAAAAAAAAUUUACCCUCCCAUAGAAAAUGGACCAGCCAAAAUGUAUGACACAGCCAAAAAUUUUCGCGAUUUCGGGGUUGGUCCCAUAGUAAAAAUUGCUCAGUAUAAUCCCAAAACCUCCCUGGCAACGGGAAUGCACUUAUUUUUUAGCCAACCUGUAUUUACAAAUUGUUCCUACGUAGUGUAAUUUAUUUAAUGUUUCUUAAUCGUCGCAGCCGCCGUAAAGGUUACCAUUAGGAUGUUCCCAGAUGUUGCAAACAACAAGCUGAUAACAGCCGUAUUUUUUUCUCAUGUUUUUUUUUCCUGGUAAAAAUCUAGCACCUAAAACAAAAAUGUAACAGUCGAGAAAAAAUCAUUACAUCAUCUUGGUGAUAUCAUUUGCGAAUAACUCUUAAUAUUCGCCUAAUUUGUCCAGGUCUCAAUACACUUACACUUAGUUUAAUCUUUGCACAUGUCUGCUAUUUUAAAUACCCAUAAGGUACUUACAUUAACGCUUUAGCAUAUCCAUGAUAUGUACGAUUAUAUAUGUACUAUGUUCUUAUGAAAUAAUGUACCACGUUAGAAAUAGUUUGCAAAAGCACAAAUGAUGGGUACGCUGCGUUGUAUAUCGGUCACAAUUAAUUAAGUAUCAAAAAUUAUUUGCCCUUAAAACUAUCAACUACCUUCCAAUAUAGGUACUGACAGCAUCAAAUCUAACUGACUAUUCGAGGUUUACAAAUAUUAUAUGUUUCUAUGAUUGCCAAGAACGUUUUAACGACACAUUCGGUCUUAGCAAGGUAGCGGAGCGGUAUGCAAGGAAAAAAUCUAUUAAGAGUCCAUCUACGUGCUCACUAGCGCCACUGCUAACUAAAUGUGAUUAUUUAAAUUUAACGAUAUAUAUUUAAAAAAGGGGGCCGCUACGUACUGUAUUUUGUAUUUAAGUACCUUUUGAAUACAUCAAACUAGUUUUUAUGUUGCUGGAUUCGUCGAUCUAUGAACUCAAAACAAAAACGGCCGUU